AUCCCUCCGUCAUGGCCGACGGGGGGUCUGGACUCUGAGGACUGACCCAGAACCGUGACCUCUGACCUCCACCGUCGCCAUGGGCACCGUGCUGUCGCUGUCGCCGGGUCCCCGCAAGGGCGGUUACUAUGACGACCGGCUGGGCCCGGGCUCGCUGAGCCGCUACCCGAGCCUGAGCAGCCGCUCGCUGGACAAGGACCGCGGCGGCGGCGGCCUGCGGCGCGGCCAGUCCUCCAUCCUGCUGCCGGCGCUAACCUGGAAACGGCUAGUGGCCUCCACCAAGAAGAAGGGCGGGGCCAAGAAGGGCCCGGCGGGCCCGGCGGGACUAGCCGACCCGCUAAACAACAACAACACCCUCCUGCAGAAGGACGUGCUGCUAUUGAACCGGCAGAACGUGCAGAAGUCGCUAUCCUGCGCUAACUUGACUAGCUACGAGGCGCCGGGCCCGGGAUCGGGCUACGGGCUAGCGCCGCCGGCGCCGGGCUACGGGCCAACGCUAGCGCCGGGCCUCGCCUACAGCCGGUCCCAGCAGCUAUCAUCGGUCAAGAAGGUGCCGCCGGCUAGCGCGGCGUUGGCGUCGCCGCGGCGCGUCAUCGUCCAGGCGUCCACCAGCGAGCUGCUGCGCUGCCUGGGCCGCUUCCUGUGCCGCCGCUGCUACAAGCUAACGGCGCUGGCGCCGGCCGACCCGGCGGCGUGGCUGCGGGCCGUGGACCGGGCCCUGCUGCUGCAGGGCUGGCAGGACCAGGCCUUCGUCACGCCGGCCAACGUGGUGUUCGUGUACAUGCUGCUGCGCGCCGCGCUGGCGGGCGACGUGGCGUCGGUGGCGGAGCUGCGCGCGGCGCUGCUCACCUGCCUGUACCUGUCCUACGCCUACAUGGGCAACGAGAUCUCCUACCCGCUCAAGCCCUUCCUGGUGGGGGGCGAGGGCGACGGGCCCGCGGGCCGCGACGCCUUCUGGGACCGCUGUCUGGCCGUGGCCGGCGCCACCAGCGCCGACAUGCUGCGCAUCAAUGCCGACCCGCACUUCUUCACGCAGGUGUUCGCCGAGCUCAAGGGCGAGGGCGGGGCCGGGGCGCUGGACUACGGCCCGGUGGACUACGGCCCGGUGCUGGACUACGGGAGGGUUCUGGACCGGUGA